AUGGCUGGGAAGAAAAGAAGGCAGAACUCCUCUAAGCCUAGGAAGCAGGCAGUGUCCCGGUCCACAAGAGCAGAGCUGCAGUUUCCCGUCAGCCGUGUGGAGCAUUACCUGAGAGAGGGUGGCUAUGCCCAUCGCCUGGCCUCGUCCACACCAGUGUUCCUUGCUGGCGUUCUCGAGUACCUGAGAGCCAACAUCCUGGACCUGGCUGGCAAGGAGGCCCAGGGCAAGCGCAAGAAGUGCAUCACCCCACAGCACCUGGAGACAGCGAUGGAGAACAACCAGCAUCUCCGUCCCCUUUUCCAGGAUGACCCUAAGUCUCUGCUUGAUGAGACGUCCCAACCCAACCCAAGAAGAAGUGAUGAGGCCUGGGUCCCAGAGCAUGGCAAGACCUUUUCCACCUCCUCAUCCAGCCCUCAAAACACCCAUAGAUGA